AUGGUUGAUUACAAGUAUUGGUACUAUGGAUUUGUCAUAAUGGUUUGUUAUAUGAUUUUAUUUAUCAUUCUCAUAUGGAUAUAUGCAACUUUCCUAUUACCAAUUCUUGCUGGCUGGCAGAUCAUAUUGCUUGGGCCAAUUGGGUUGUUUAUUGCUAUAGUGCAAAUGAUUUUGCAAUGUAAUACAUGGACUCUAAGGGGUAUCAAGAACUUUGUACUAAAUAUUUUCACUGAUGAUAUCUUUGAGUUAACAUUGUUAAGGAAAGGUCAGGCAGAGAGUUUGAAAAACUUUAAGAUGAGACAACUCCCAGCAGGUCCCGAACUGCAUUUAAACCAUAUAGAAUAUUGGAUUCACGAUGUUCCAUUUAAUACCUUUUCGUUUUUACGUUGGCUCUUUGUUUUUAUUGCAUUAACCCUCAUAUCGCUAAUUCCUAUUAUUGGUCCAUUUACCGCUAACUUCUUACAAACACCAGAUAGGGCCUAUGGUUACUAUGAUGUAUGGAUGAGUAGAAGAAGAUUAAGCGACAAAGCAAAACGUGAUGAGUACUACUCCAGGCUUGGGCAACUUUGGGCCUUUGGAUUAACUGCUGGCCUUUUGGAACUAAUACCCGGAUUUUCAGCCCUUCUGAUGAUCAGCAAUGUAAUUGGAGUUGGUAUUUGGGCUCAUGAAGAUAUCAAAUUUAAAAGGGUACAAACUUGA